UGGUCAUCCCUGUACUGUCCGCAGUCUCUGGUCAUCUCCUGUACUGUCCGCAGUCUCUGGUCAUCUCCUGUACUGUGUCCAGAGUCUCUGGUCAUCUCCUGUAUUGUGUCCGCAGUCUCUGGUCAUCUCCUGUACUAUGUCUGCAGUCUCUGGUCAUCUCCUGUACUAUAUCCGCAGUCUCUGGUCAUCUCCUGUACUAUGUCCGCAGUCUCUGAUCAUCUCCUGUAUUGUGUCCUCAGUCUCUGGUCAUCUCCUGUACUAUGUCCACAGUCUCUGAUCAUCUCCUGUACUAUGUCCACAGUCUCUGGUCAUCCCCUGUACUGUGUCUGCAGUCUCUGGUCAUCUCCUGUACUAUGUCCACAGUCUCUGAUCAUCUCCUGUACUGUGUCCGCAGUCUCUGGUCAUCUCCUGUACUAUGUCCACAGUCUCUGGUCAUCUCCUGUACUAUGUCCGCAGUCUCUGGUCAUCUCCUGUACUAUGUCCGCAGUCUCUGGUCAUCUCCUGUACUAUGUCCACAGUCUCUGAUCAUCUCCUGUACUGUGUCCGCAGUCUCUGGUCAUCUCCUGUACUAUGUCCACAGUCUCUGGUCAUCUCCUGUACUAUGUCCGCAGUCUCUGGUCAUCUCCU